AAUGAGCUACACAUCAUGAGUUGUUCUACUACUUGCCUACCAUAAAGAUCCACAACAUGAUGUUAGCUCACCCUCCUUCCUAUUUUACAUGUUGUGUAUUAGUAAUGCAAUCUGCAUUUCAAAUCUGUAAUAUCUACAACACUAAAUGAGCUAGGCUUACACAUGAUGUUGGCUCACCCUCCUUCCUAUUUUACAUGUUGUGUAAUAGUAAUGCAAUCUGCAUUUCAAAUCUGUAGUAUCUACAACACUAAAUGAGCUAGGCUUACACAUGAUGUUGGCUCACCCUCCUUCCUAUUUUACAUGUUGUGUAUUCAUAAUGCAAUCUGCAUUUCAAAUCUGUAGUAUCUACAACACUAAAUGAGCUAGGCUUACACAUGAUGUUAGCUCACCCUGCUUCCUAUUUUACAUUUUUUGUAUUAAUAAUGCAAUCUGCAUUUCAAAUUUGCAGUUUAUAUGACACUAAACGAGGUAGGUGUUAUACUAUCUGUUAGAUCUUGAAAAAGGAAUCUUUGAGUUGUUCCUUACCAAACAACUAUUUAAAUUCUAGCCUAUGGUGGAUGCCAGCUAGCACGAAAUGCAUAGGAAGAUUAUUAUAAAUACCCAUCGUUGAAGCAAUCCUUUGCUUCGAUAGAUCCAAAGCUAGAAGGUAGGCAUAAGUAGAUUGUAGCCAAACCCUCAAAAAUGGGUGACAAACCUAUUACUAUGGUAUCGGAUGAGAAGGCAAAGGAACCAACUACUCUGGAUGAGGAGGAGGAUAUUGAGGCAUUAGCGGAGCCGCCGGAUUGGCUCCCUGAUGGAUGGAUCAUGGAGGCAUACCGCACUGAAGAUGGCACCAUUAUUCGAUACUACACUUCUCCCAUAUCAAAUUACACAUUCACCACGAAGUCGGAAGUAUUGGAGUACCUUUUUUCUGGGACAGAUGAGCGUAUGCUGGAAUCAAAGGAACGUGGUGCAGAAAACACACUUCAGAGACAACAUGAAUGGCUUCCAAAGGGGUGGGUGAUGGAGAUAAGAGCUGGUGGGGAGAAGACAGACAAGAUGUACAAGUUUUAUGUCCACUCAAUCACUGGUGUGCGGUUGCUAUCAAAGCAAGAUGUACUACUCUAUAUCAAUGAGGCAAAGGUAUCUGGGUGCGACACCAAUGGACAAUGUGACACAACUUCUGAAGAUAACAUACUUGCAAAAGUGGACAUUCGGCCAAGUGGAUUGCCUGAAGGUUGGGUAAAUGAAAUAGUAUAUAGGAAAACAAAGGAAGGAUUGACCAGGAGAGAUCCGUAUUACACGGAUCCUGCUAGUUCCUACACAUUCCGCACACUAAAAUCUGCAUUAUCCUUCCUAGAGACGGGAAAGGUAUCAAGGCAUGCAGUUAUUCAACGGACAAGUGUUCAUGAUUUGUACUCCUUUGAAAUAUCUGCAGAAAUGCAUGAAAGUUUACGUAACAGAUUAAUAGUAAAUGAGAAGCCUUAUCAGGAGCCCACAAGAUCAUCUCGGUCGAGGCGAGCAUCAAAAAUAGAACAAGAUCAAAAUAUAGAUGACUCAAAAGAUGGUGAUAUUUCAAGUGGCUCAGAUUCACCAAAUGAGUCUGAAUAAGAAAACGUGAGAAGCAAGAAGGCUGCUGGCAGAAAAAGCAACUAGCUCAACAAACAAUGUGAGUCGUCCAGCAGGAAGGCCACCUCAAUUCAGGAUUAAGGAGGGGAUAGACAAUAAGGAUGCAGACUAUAAUGAAACUUCUUGCACACUACAUACCUAUAAAAUUUCACCAAAAACUGUUGUUCUGGUUUGUUGUUAUUUUUAGUGUCUUGUCAUUUCCAAAUAAUUCAUUGCAAAACUAAAGUUGUAUUAUCUCAUGUGAGACUGCAGAAUUUGUUAUCGUUAAUGCUUCAAGUGCACGGAGUG